UUUCUGACUUUGUUGAACGAACGUUGUGCGAGCGGAGCAACGAAUUAAACGGCGUAAGCGCCAGUAAAUGGCGCGCGUUUGUGUUUUUUUGCGUUUCGAAUAACAACAAUCAAUACAUGUUCUUAAGAAUAUAUAAAUUUAAAUAAUAAUAAUACGAAUAUGCAUGUUAAUUAACAACAACAACAACAAUAGUGAGAGUGUGUGUGUGCAUAUGUAUGUGUGUAAAAGUGUUAAAGUGCAAUACAGAAAAGUGCAUUGUAAACAAGAGCAACAGAAGAUAAAGAAGCAAAUCAAAUAAAACGUCAAAAUGACGCGCGAAGAAGAGGAAGAAGUGCGCUUGUUGCUGUCGCGUCACCAGGAACGCAUUAUGCUAGAUCUGGGCAGCACAGAUCUGCUGGCGGUGCUCGUCAAGAACUCAGUGCUCAGCCAGUCCGAGGAGGAUCUGCUGCUCAAGCCGUAUGCGACAGCAGCUGCCACCACAGCAGCAGCGGCCGCUGCAGAGCCGGGCAGCGCACCCUCCAGCGUGGGUGCACUGACCAAGCGCAAACUGAGCGCUGUCGCCAGCAGCAGCAGCGGCAGCGGUAGCGGCGGCAGCGCCAGCGUCAGCGGCGUGGGCGGCGAUUAUAGUUCCAGCUUGGCGGGCUCCUCGCGCAGUGCAAGUGUCAACGGUGAUCACGCACAGAGCGACAAUCGCUCACUAACGCCAUCUGUUGGCGGCGGGGUCAGCGGCAGCGGCAACGGCAGCGCAGCUACUGAAGCUCUCAACGACGCCGAAAUUCUGCGGCUGCAGUGCGCCAACCUCAUAGAGAUCAUCGCCAAAAGCGGCUUCGAGAAGUUCAAGCAGUUCUGUUACGCGAUCGAGUGCGAAUGCCCGCAGCUGAUUGAGGAUUUAAUUAACGAUCGUCUCAAGAGCGAUGCUGCCAAUAGCGAGCACAGCCCGGGCGAGGAAAAAAUGCAAAAGGAAAUUGAAACGAUCGACUACAUUGACAAAGAAAAGGAGAACGAUCGCAACCGUCGUGCAGUUAGCUAUGGCGGCGGCGUCUCACCGACUCACUGUGCCACCAUACCGCGUGCGGCACCGCGUCGUGUGGCGCUCAUGAAGGAGCCACCGCCGCCGCCACCGCCCAAGCCGCAGCUAACAUCGAAGGCAUCGCUACAGUCCACAGAUUCCUCGCAUGCAUCCAGCAUCAUGGCCAGCAAAUAUCCACAGUCGGAGUAUAAUCUCAUACAGAAGAUCGACUCGAACAGCACGCUGACUGCACCGGCUCAGUACCAGCCACAGAAUUUCUAUGCCAACACCGGCACCAUAUCCUCCACCAAUGGCUACUCGUCCCUGCUGUGCCAUGCCAGCUCCACGGCCAGUCCGCUCGCAGUGCGCAAGCGCGACAAGCUGUUGCAUCGUUUUAGCGAUGCGGCCACAUUGGGACGCAAGCUCAAGAAAAAGAAGAACACGAAUCGCACCUGCCGCUCCAUGACAGAGGCCAUUGAGAUGCUCGCCGAUCCGGUCAUCGAGGAUGAGUUUUUUGGCGAUCGCACCACAUGGGAGUAUCACACAGUUUCGGUGACUCGAGUGCCCGGCUACGGGUUUGGCAUUGCCGUUUCCGGUGGACGUGAUAAUCCCCACUUUGCCAAUGGGGAUCCCUCGAUUGCAGUCAGCGAUGUGCUCAAAGGUGGACCAGCCGAGGAUCGUUUGCAUGUAAACGAUCGCAUCAUCACUGUGAAUGGGGUCUCGCUGGAGAAUGUGGAAUAUGCCACCGCGGUGCAGGUGUUGCGCGACAGUGGCAAUACGGUCACACUGGUCGUGAAGCGUCGCGUUCCACUGAAUGUGGCCGCAACGAAUCCCGCACAGCAUCAGCACUCGCACAGCAUGAGCUCUGUGGGCCUAGGACUGACCAAUGGCAGUGGCAUGGCCAGCAGCCAGGCGCCCAGCGCCGCCAUGUCCAGCAUGAGCCAGCCGAACUCGUUGAACUCCUCGCUGGUACAGAACGCGGGCAGCGGUGCCCAGCCCAUCAAGGUGACGCUGACCAAGGGCAGUAAGAAGGACGACUACGGCAUUGUGCUGGGUUGUCGGCUGUUCGUCAAGGAAAUCUCGACGAAGGCGCGCGACCAGCUUACUGCCAAUGGCUAUUCUCUGCAGGAGGGCGACAUCAUAACGCGCAUACACAACACCAACUGUGCGGAUAACAUGAGCCUCAAGGAGGCCAAGAAGAUCAUCGAUGGCUGCAAGGAGCGUCUCAAUCUGGUUGUGCUGCGCGACAUCACCAACCAGGCGGCGGCAGUCAAUCAACUGAACAACUCGAGCCAUCAGCAGGCAAAUGCGAAUCUUUAUGCUACACAUCAGGCACAGGUUUCCAGCUGCAGCAAUAAUCUGGAUGAUGCAUAUCUGCCCGGUGGCGCCAGCUACUCCUCACAGAAUCUUUACGUGCAGCCGCCAACACGCACCUCCAACGGGCCCAGCAUCAAUGGCAAUGGACUCAGUGAGGAGAAGAGCAACCUGACGCCACGCGGACGCUCACGUGGUCCGCUCAUAGACGGUGUCUCGCUGCAGCAACUUGAUAGGCCCGUUACCCCCACCAAUGGAGGGCGUGGACGUGUCGAUGAGCCGCCAAGGCCGCCACCACCGCGUGCCGCCCAAGAGGACUUUUACAGCUCGCGACGACAACUGUACGAGGAGCGGCAGAGCGCCGAGCCGCGUUUCAUCUCAUUCCAAAAGGAGGGCAGCGUUGGCAUUCGGCUGACGGGCGGCAAUGAGGCGGGCAUCUUUGUGACCGCCGUGCAGCCCGGCUCACCAGCCUCGCUGCAAGGCCUCAUGCCUGGCGACAAGAUACUCAAAGUGAACGAUAUGGAUAUGCACGGCGUGACGCGCGAGGAAGCGGUGCUAUUUUUGCUUAGUCUUCAGGAUCGCAUCGAUCUGAUUGUGCAGUACUGCAAGGAAGAGUACGACGAAGUGGUGACCAAUCAGCGCGGUGACUCGUUCCACAUCAAGACCCAUUUCCACUGCGACAAUCCUUCCAAGGGCGAGAUGGCCUUUAAGGCGGGCGACGUGUUCCGUGUCAUUGACACGCUGCACAAUGGCGUCGUCGGCUCGUGGCAGGUACUCAAGAUCGGACGCGGCCACCAGGAAAUGCAGCGUGGUGUAAUACCAAACAAAUCCCGUGCCGAGGAGCUGGCUACAGCUCAGUUUAAUGCCACCAAAAAGGAAAUGAAUGCCAACGAAUCACGGGGCAAUUUCUUUAGACGUCGCCGCUCCACACAUCGUCGCUCCAAGAGCCUCUCCCGCGAGAACUGGGACGAUGUCGUCUUCUCGGACAGCAUUUCCAAGUUUCCUGCUUACGAGCGCGUCGUUCUGCGUCAUCCCGGCUUCGUGCGUCCCCUCGUGCUAUUCGGUCCCGUCUCUGACCUGGCCAGGGAAAAGCUUGCCAAAGACUUCCCAGAUAAGUUCAGCACACCGCUGCAGGAUGAUGACAAGACAAACAGCAAUAACAAUGGCAGCGGCAGCGGCAACGGCAAAUGCCGCAUUGUCCGCUUGUCCCACAUACGCGACAUUAUGGAUCGUGGCAAGCAUGCGCUGCUGGACAUAACACCCAACGCUGUCGACCGGCUCAACUAUGCACAAUUCUAUCCCAUCGUUAUAUUCCUCAAGACGGACAGCAAACACGUGAUCAAACAGCUACGCCAUGGCCUGCCCAAGGCGGCGCACAAGAGCUCCAAGAAACUGCUCGAGCAGUGCCAGAAACUGGAUCGCGUCUGGUCGCACAUCUUCAGCACACAGAUUGUGCUGAAUGAUGAGGAAUCCUGGUACCGCAAGCUCCGUGACUCGAUUGAUCUGCAGCAGAGCGGCGCCGUCUGGAUGUCCGAGUCUAAGCCCGUCGAAUCCCUCUCCGAUGAUUUCCUAUUCCCCAUGACCACAUCCCGUUUAUCGUAUGCAUCAAGUCCCGAAUCUGAUUUGGAGCUAAGUCCCGGGCCAUCCGCAUCAUUGUCGCUUGGCAAUUUGCCGCAAUUGGUUAAAGCGAGCUCAGAUCCAUCGAUUGCCACUAACCAGGAUAACUUGGAUAGGGAUAGAGACAUAAUUGGUGAAGGACUACCACCUCCAUAUACGGUACCCUACGAUCAUGGCGUGCAGCCGCCACCGAGUCGACGCCAGACCCUCGACUCCAGCAAGUACAGCAUCUACGGCACCCAUAUGCCCCAGCAACAACAACAGCCGCAACAACAACAGCAGCAGCAGCAGCAGCCAGUUGAUUCCACAGUGGGCGUCACACGCCCACAGUCCCUGUAUGGCAUCAAUGCACCGGAUCUUCCGCCGCGCGUCGACCGUCAGUCCAAGCCGGGUGAUCUGCCCCUGAACACCUCUAGCAGCUCAUCACGCAACGGCAGCUCCGGCGGCACACUGGGCCGCAGCGCUCAGGAACGUCUCUUCGGCAAGGCCGUGCUCCAGGACGAUGUUCAGGCCGAGUAUGUGACGCGCAAUGCGUUGGUCGGCGCCGGCGGCGAUACCAUUGAACGUCAGCAGCAACAGGCCUCUCUAGAGCGACAGGCGCGCAUGAAUGCGGCCAUAGGCAGCCCAGCACAGCACAAGACUAACGGUAAUGGAGGUCCUGCCUCCACCUACGACAGCGUCUCUAGCUACGACUCCUACAAUAACACACAAUUGGCCAUGCAGAAUCUCGGCCGACUGGGGCCCAAUGCGCCCGAUGAUCUCAAAUCAGUGCCAAAUGCAAGUGGUCGUCCUCUGCCGCCUGUGGGGCAGCCCCAUGACUAUGGUCGCUCCGCAACGCACGAUCAUCGCGCUUUUGGGGCGGCCAAUGAUCUGAAUCGCCAAAGUAGUCCCGGCAGGCCACUCUAUCAUGAUCUGAAUGCGUCCCGUAAUAUUGAUCCGCGCAAUGGCACACCGCAGCGUCCAUCGAAUCUGGGCCUGGACAGCAGUCCGCGCAAACCAUUGGUGGAAACCAAAACUGAUUACGGCAAAUAUAGCCGCAACAACUCCGUAUCGGCAGCCGACUACAGCAAGCUUCCAAAAAAUCCACACAACGUUGUGCAGCCCACCAAUGUGAGCAAUGGUGGGCAAAUGAAUGGCAGUGCCACGCCCAGCAGCAAUGGCAGCGGACCAUUUAAGCCCGUGCCACCACCCAAGCCCAAAAACUAUCGGCCGCCUGUGCAGAGCGGCGGUAGCAGUGGCAGCGGUGGCACCACGCCCUGGGAGAAUGGCGACUCUGGUUCACCCCGUUCGCCCAAUGGAUUCUACUAUCCCCCGACGCCUUCGCAUCAUCAUUACGGACCACAGACGCCGGCACCCGGCUCACCGCAUCAGGGCCAGCCCAGCAAUGGCCACAUGCAGCAGCCUACCUACGGCACCAGCACUGGCAACUACGGGCAAGCACCGCCGACCCAGCAGCAACAGCAGCAGCAAUAUCCCCAGGCCAAUGGCUACAAUGGCAACAGUCAUCACUACAAUGGUGGCAGUGGCACCGGACCGUACAUUGCUCCACAUCGGGGCAUGCCACCGCCAAUAGGCAAUCUACCACCACAUACACCCGAACGUCACGCACUGGAUUUGGCUGGGAGUCGGGAACAGCGCGGUUCCGCCUUUGAAUUAUAUCGUAAGCCGCAGAUCGGCGCCGCUGUUGGGCACCAUCACAACAUGAGCGAAAUGGAGCCAUACGAUGCGCGUUAUGAUGAUAAUUAUUAUGCCAUGCCGCCACCAGCGGUGGCACCAGCAGGAGCAGCGGCUCAUCCACACCCAGCACAUCCAUAUACGCAUCAAAUGCAACGCUCCCGAUCCGCACCCCGUUAUCCCAAUGAGCGACCGCCGCACACGCAAGAUCCCAACUACUACAGCCACUACGGCACAGGCAGUCGUGGCUAUAGAGGCCAGGAAAUGCAAUACUAUGAUGAGCAUGGCAUGGAGGUGGCGCCACCACCACUGCCGCCGCACAAGAAGAAGAAAUCGGUACUGAAGAGUCCGCUCGCGGCACUGAAAAAUGCGCUUAUCAAAUCGACACGACCACUGCGUCGCAUGAAUAGCAUGGUGGAGCCGGAGCGUAAACCGAAGGGACUGCGACGUCAGCAAUCGAUGCUUGAACGCGGCGUCCAGCGGCCCUACUAUCCCGACGAAUAUCCCACCUACCCGGCUACUGGCUAUGAAGAGCGGCCGCCGCUGCCGCCACCAGCGGAUCCGUAUUACGGUGCGCCGCAUUAUCCACAGCAGGAGCUGAUGAACAGCACCUACCAGAAUCUGGAAAGUGAAGAUAUCUAUGGCAAUAUUGGGGGCACAGUACCACGGCACAUGGCACGGCCUCCACCAGACACAGGCUAUGCCGGCUAUGAUCAGUACGAUCUAUAUGCGAAUCGCGCCUGCAUCGAUCUGGAGCGACGUCAAGCCGAGGCGGCUGUCAGCGGCCGCAGCGGAAGACGCAUUGUGCGUCGACACAGCACCACAACGGCGGAUCGUGGGGGUAAUAGUGGUGCAACCGCACCACCUGGCAGACGGCACAUGCACCAGGCUCAUGCUGCGAAUGGCUAUGAGCAGCAAGGACAGCCGCCGGACAUUUAUCAGACACGCCAGGGCGCAUAUAUGUUGCCUGACCAGCGGCGUGCACCCAACUCUGAGGUAAUGACACGGCGGCGCUUCUAUCCCGGCGCCGCCAAUGAGCAGGGCGAGGAGGCCGAACCCAUGUAUCAGACGCGUCGCGAAAUGCAGCGCGAAAUGCAGCGCAAUCAUCUGUAUCAGUCGAAGCGGGAAAUGCAGGAACGCAUCAUACAGGGCAAACGCGACAUGGAACGCGAACUGAGUGCGCAAAGCAGCAGUCAAUCCGAGCGCAGCGACGACCGCUCCGAGCGCUCCAAUUCCGAUAGCAACUAUCAGUCGCGGCGGGAGGGUACGCGCAGCCAGCUUCGCGAACAAAUCUAUCAGACGCGACGCGAGGCGCUGGACAGCAUGGCGGAACCGAUCUAUGUAACCAAGCGAGACAUGGGCCGGCCGGCGCCCAUCUAUGAGACGCGCGAAGAAAGCAUCCUUCAAUCACGAGAGAACGAAACCGAUGAGAAGAAGGAGAAAGAGUGCAAAACGGAGCAGGUGCAGGUGGAAAUAAAUGCACAGCCCGAGGAUGCCCAGGACAGCACGCUGAGCCGCUCAGACCUGCAAAAGUCCUCGGACACGGUCGUUGAGAAUACACUGGCCCCCGUCGUCGUCUGUCAAGCGCCGUUGGUGCAGGACGAGAUCGAUGCGGAUGAGAAUGAGGAUGCGGAUGCGACUAAGGACGACCAGCCCAAUGAGGCUGACAGCAGCACAGAGCCUGCGGAGCAACCCACAGCUAUCGAGCAUAAUCAGCACAAUGUAGCUAUGUUGGCCAGCGACACGCAGAAUAUGUCGGAUGAUGUUUUUGAGGCCACCGAUCAGGUUACCCCACUCCCCCAUGCCACAGAGCCAAUUUCCGCCUCGAAACAGCCGUUGUCACCUCGCGCACUACGCGCGCCCUUUCACAUUUCCAACAUACUAAAGCGCACAGCGCCGCCGCCGCCGCCCAGUUCUUCGCUGAUGGCCGACAGCUGCACCUCGAUUGAGACCCAGUACACAUCGCAGGCCAGCCUGCCGGUUGGACCGCCCAAUGCGACCAGCACACCUUUCAGCAGCAGCAUGUCCCUGCCCAUUGCUGGUCCAGUGCCGGCUAAUGGUGCCACCGCAUUUCCCAGCCUGCCGCGUGAGCCAAGCACCACGCGCGGCUUCUUUGAUGCCAGCGGUGGCACGCUGGCUGACAAGCUGUGGCACGUCUCGCUGCAGAUACCGCCGGGCGCCAUUCCGGCUGGUGUGCGUCAGGAGAUCUACUUUACCGUCAGCGAUCCGCGCAUGGGACAGGCCGUUGGCGGUCCGCCGCUCGACAUGGAGAAUGGUGAAACGAUGCUAUCGCCACUUGUCAUGUGCGGGCCGCAGGGCCUUGAGUUUCUGGUGCCCGUUACACUCAAUAUACCCCAUUGUGCCGGACGUACCGCAUCACUGGGUCUGGCACUCAAGGCCACCGACAGUGAGAAGAACCUCCAUACCGAAUGGGACAACAUUGAUCUGCCCAGCAAUGCGGCUGCCCACACAGUGUCCGUCAAGGUGGAUCACUUCUAGGCCGUAGAGCACUACAGUUACAUAGUUUUAGAACGUUACUUAGACCCAUAUAUUCCCGCCCCCAAACACACAAUCCUCUCAUAAAAGGAACCUAAUUAAAUUCAUAUAAACAAUUGUAAAUAACAUCAUCAAAUAUCAUAUAAGCCACAAUUCCACGACAAGAGAAAUAACACAACUUAGAUAUUGAUUAUGAAAAAGAAAGAGCUAAUUUAAAUGCAAAUUUUUGUUAAUUGUGCCUUUAAGUGAUCGAUUUGCUUUUGAACCAGGUGUCGUAUAAAUUAUAUAAGCGAACGAGUUAAAUUAUCGAAGUGAAAGCAAAAAAAGAAAUAUCUGUAUAAAAAAUCUGAUAACAAGCAACUGUAUAUUUUAAUGAAAUUUAUUAACCCUUUUUGCUAUGUAUUUUACAACUUUAAAUUAAUUUAAUCGAAUAUUGAUAUUUCAUUCUACGCAAUUUGCAAAUUGUUUUUAUCUAUGAUCUAUUUUAUUGCAUUGAAAAUGUUCAUCGUUUGCAAAUGUUGUAUACAAAAUGUAUACAUAUAUAAACCACAUAGAUGCAUUAGACUUAGGAAGCGUCUAUAUAGCCAACAAAAUUAAUAUAUAUACUAAUAUGUAUUACAUAUAAUUACUUUUUUGUAUGAAAAAGAUAUAAGCACUUAGAAAGCUUGGGUAUUAAUAAAGGAGCAACAAGUAUAUAAAUAUAAA